AUGCUGAUAAGUCCUACAAAACUGGCAAACAAUUCCAAUGUAGCCGUUGUUGGAGCAGGGGUUGCAGGCCUCUCUUUCAGCUAUUUUUUGGCCAAAUUUAGACCAGAUGUCAAUAUCACAAUUAUCGAUGCUGCUAACGGGACCGGUGGAUGGAUCAACUCUGCCAAGGUUCAAGUAGGAGGGCGAAACUCGAUUUUGGUAGAAAAGGGUCCCCGCACUCUGCGUGGUAAAUCAGAGGGCACAACAUUGAUGAUUGACACACUAGAUUCAUUGAAGCAGAAAGAGAUCGUUAACUACAUCGAAGGUAAUUCCGUGGCAAACCGCAAGUUUUUACUGGGCAAGGAUGAUUCGCUCGUUCAGGUUCCCACAUCUUUCAAGUCUUUCGUCAAGUUUUUGAGAAACUCGCUGAGUGAAGGCUUAAUUACCGGAUUUCUAGCAGAACCGUUUCGCAAACCUCGUUUGUAUCCAUGCGAAGAUGAAAGUGCUCACAGUUUCGUUGAAAGACGGUUUGGAAGUGCUUCUGUUAGCAACAACAUUUUCAGUGCCAUUUUCCACGGCAUAUACGCGGGUGACAUAAAGCAGUUGAGCGCCCAAAGAACAUUAGCACCUCUUUUGGCUCUGGAAGCCAAACAUGGGUCGCUAAUUAAGGGAAUGAUGAGUUCUAGCACAGGCGAGCAAAGCUCGAGCCUACCACCAGCUCUGCUUCAGUAUCAGAAACGAACCGGUAGAGACUUCAAACAGCUAUCUGAAUUGUACGGCCAAUUACGCAAGCUUCCGAUGCUUGGGCUACGCAACGGGCUGGAGAGUUUUCCCAGAGCAUUGUUUACUGCACUUCAGCAAAACUCCAAAGUCAAGUUUCUUCUUGGCAGCCCGGUUUCGCAAAUCGAGGCGGGUGUGAAUAAUACCGGUUGUCGGGUAUCACUUGCAGAUGGGCGCCAACUUACGGGGCUCCAGCACGUCCGACUUACGAAUACGCCAGCAGUAAUAGCUACGAUGACCCAAGACAAGCAGCUUGCACAACUACUGCGACAAGUGAAAGCCAACACCGUCGUGCUGGUAAAUUUUUAUCUUGCCGAUGCUGAUCUUCUGGAACAAUAUCAUUCAUUUGGGUAUCUCGUUCCACAGUCGAACAGUAACAGGGAGCAACUGUUGGGAGUUAUUUUCGACUCUGUGAUAGAGCAGAAUUUCAAGCCAUUGGUACCUCAACAAAGCUUCGAUGAACAGCGCAAACCUCAGAAAUACACCAAAUUCACAGCCAUGAUGGGCGGACACUACCUGAGCGACCACAGUCAACAAAAAGACGCGCAAUAUGUGGAUCGGGUGAAAAGUGCACUAGUGCGGCACUUGAAGAUUCCCCAGAAUCAGCUGGAUAGCGGCCACUGGGAGGUUACAAUGGCCAAAGAGUGUCUCCCACACUUUUUCGUCAAUUAUAACCGAUGGAUGUCCCAAACAAAGACCAAAAUCGGCCAAACAUUUGGAUCACAUCUGUCAUUGGGUGGCAUGGCCUUCAGUACCGGUCCAGGUGUUCCUGACGUCGUCAUGGAUGGGUUUCAAGAUGCAGAUGCCCUGUCUUGA